AUGAAUAAUUCUACAACAACAAAGGAGGACGAUGAUGAGCCUGACCAAAGUGAAGCCAACAUCACUACGACGUUUCCACAAAACAGCUCGGGCUUCAACGAGUCAUCAAUACCCCCACAACUACCAUCUCCUAUCGGUAAUGGAUUCUUGACGAAUGCUACAAAUUCAUCCAAAGGUCCUUUCAAUAUCAUUUCUAACAAUAAUUCAACCGACCAAACCGGUAAUGAAACCAACAGCAGUCUUUCUGGUCCACUGUGGGGUCUCAUGCAGGAAUGGAACGGUAGCCACUUUUGGAAUGGUGGUGGCGACGAUCGUUUCGGGAGAGACACCAACACUACCGAAGUAACACCGAUAUCAGGUCCAACCAUGUGGGAAGGAUAUGUUCUGGGACUAUUUUGUCUGGCGGCUGCUUUGUUGUUUAUCAUGACACCAGCUUGGUAUAUGGAUCGUAGACGGCAUAUGGAAUUCGUUGGUAGCGAACGAAGGGAAGCACGGAGUGGAAGAAGACGACGACGACGGCGGAGGCGACGGCGGCAUCGAUUUUUGGAAAUUUCAGGAAUGAGCCAAGACGAGGAACAGGAGGGAUUUGAGGGACAAGAUACGGCCUCCUCGUUGACAGAAGAAUAUAUUCUCAGCAUGCUCGUGACAAGGCCAAUCGAAGCAUUAGAUUUAUGUUUGGAAGGACACCAGUUGAAGGAAACGCCUUCUCUCACUAACGUUGUUUCUGAUGAGACCGAUGCGACAGUUACCAUUAGUUCUAACAAGGAUCACGACAUUGAAGACGACGAGAGCUAUGAUCCGAACGAAGAUAGCUGUGAUCUAGACGACGACACCAGCAUGGAUGAUGAGGACGCGGAUUGCUGUGCCAUUUGCUUGCAAGGGUACAAGAUUGGAGAUGAAAUCUGUAAUCCCACACAGAGCCCUUGCUCUCAUUAUUUCCACCGAGGAUGCUUAGUACCAUGGCUUUUGAAGCACAACGUUUGUCCAUGCUGCCGAGUUCAGUACUUGCCUUUGCCUCGAGAAAAAGGGGACAAUGAGGCGGAAGAGAGCGAACUUCUGGAACCCACUACUACGACCGGGCCUUCUAUUCUGGAGAUCCCGUCAUCAAUGACAUAUGCAGCUCUCGGUGACAAUGAGAGUACUGUACGAAUAGACGAGGAAGUUGGGUCGGACGAGAAUGGGAGUCUAGAAGGAGAACCGACAGAGCUGACAGUCGGCAUGAAGGUAGAUCAUCCUACUCCUCUUGAACAGUCGCUACCUUCAACUCCGAGUGAAAGUGACAGUGAGCAAGCGAUUCGGGAAAGUGAAGAAGUUAUAAAGGAGGAAAUGGGCUGUGACGAAAGCGGUCACGAGAAACCUACCAUCUUCCUAGACAUUACCGCUCUGAGCAGUCCAUCAGCAGCUUCGCUUGAUCAAAUGCAAAAUGGUGGUAGCAGGAUUAAAAAUGAAGAAUACGACAUUGGGACGCAGACUGAAAGAGAUCUUGAAGCUCAGGCCAGUGCCAUCUCCAGCCACGACGCUGGGAAUGACCCCAAAAAUGAUGCAGACUUGGACGAUGCCGCGCCCGAUGCAACCUUCUCUGUACCUAUCCCCCAGAGACGACUCGUCCGACGGGUAUCGUCUGCAGAGUCGUCUGCAGAUGAGACUUCACUCAGCGCAUAA